AUGAAGUAUAUGAAGAAUGCGAUGAAGAAGUUGAAUAUUAUAAAGAAUGUGAAGAAGAAGAUGAAGAAAAUGAGAAAGAAAAGUAAGAUUAAUAAGAUGAAGAUGAAGAAGAUGAAGAAUGCGAUGAAAAAGUUGAGGAUUAUGAAAAAUAAGAAGUAUGUGAACAAAAAGAUGAAAAAGAUGAAUGAGAUGGAGAAGAGAUAA